CCCGUCAGUCCCGCCAUGGCGCUCGGCGGGGUCGGUCGCGGCGGCGCGGCGCGGGCCGCCUGGCCGCGGCUGCUGGUAACGGCGGCGGCGGCGGCGCUGGCGCUGGCGGGGCCGGCGCUGCCCGAGGUGCUGUUCCGCUGCCCGCCCUGCACGGCGGAGCGCCUGGCCGCCUGCCCCCCGGCCGCCCGCCCGCCCUGCCCCGAGCUGGUGCGGGAGCCGGGCUGCGGCUGCUGCCCGGUGUGCGCCCGCCUGGAGGCCGAGGCGUGCGGCGUCUACACUCCGCGCUGCGCCGCCGGCUUGCGCUGCUACCCCGACCCCGGCGCCGAGCUGCCCCUGCAAGCCCUGGUGCAGGGGCAGGGCACCUGCGCCCGUCGCCGCGACACGGCCGAGUACGGCGCCAGCGCCGAGCGCCCCGCAGAUAAUGGCGAUGACCGGUCUGAGAGCAUCCUUGCUGAGAACCAUGUGGAUGGCACUACAGGGAUCCUGAGUGGAGCUGGUGGGAGGAAGCCCAUGAAGACGGGCAUGAAGGAGCUGGCAGUUAUGAGGGAGAAGGUGAAUGAGCAGCAGCGGCAGAUGGGCAAAAUCGGCAAGCCUCAUCACAACCACGAGGACUCCAAGAAGUCACGGCUGUCGACGGGCAGGACCCGUUGUCAGCAGGAGCUGGAUCAGGUCCUUGAGCGCAUCUCCACUAUGCGGCUGCCGGAUGAGCGAGGUCCCCUGGAGCACCUCUACUCUCUCCACAUCCCCAACUGUGACAAGCAUGGCUUGUACAAUCUCAAACAGUGCAAGAUGUCGGUGAAUGGGCAGCGUGGCGAGUGCUGGUGCGUGGACCCCAUCCAUGGGAAGGUGAUCCAGGGCGCACCCACCAUCCGUGGGGACCCUGAGUGCCACCUCUUCUACACAGCUCAUGAGCAGGAGGACCGGGGAGCACAUGCCCUGCGAAGCCAGUAGACAGACGUGAUCCUGCUUGCUGGAGGCGGCUCACUGUGGCCCCAGUGCUGGAUUUUACAUGGGUUUCAGCAUGUCUCUUUAGGCUCUGGAAGAGACUGGGGUUGGGUCCUGCGUGCUGCUCUCCUUCCCCUGCUGCCCGGCUCCUGGGGAGGGGAGAGAGAACGGGAGGGGAAGGGCGGUGGGGGGGUUGCAAGGAGAAGGGACUGCUUUCCUAUAGUCUUUCACCCAAUGUAAGCCAGAGAAUCGGUCUUUUUUGCUCCUCGCCCUGCGGCCCUGCCAUCCCUGCUGCUUUGCGGCAUCCUCCUGCACCCUUCAGCACAGAAUGCUGUGUGCUCCCUGACACUUCCCAGGGGACAAAACCCUUUGCCGUAGGUGGGAGUGGGACAAAGCAAAACAAAAAAAGUUAAAACCCCACCUUUCCCCUUCUUUCCCUCCCUUCCCCAAGACCAAAGACUGUAAAUACUGUGUGGCCUGCCUCUUGCAUCCUACUGGUCCCCUGUGCCCCAGCCUGGCCAUUGGUCAUGGCAUGGGAUGCAGUGUGGGAGGGAGGGAAGAAGGAAAGCCCCUGUCUUCCCAGCUGGAACAUGCUGGCACAGUCAGGAUGCAUCCCUCAAGAAGGCAUCAGUGAGGGAAAGGGCUAAAUAUGAGACAGCUCCUUCUGCCUCCUAAGGCAUCCCUGGGUGUUUCCUUCCUGGUGCUGGGGCACAGUCAGCCCCAGGUUUGGGAUGACAGGGCCUUUGGGUGAUGGUGAAGCUAAACACUUGGUUUUCCAGGGGAUCUGAAGGGCUAUUGCCGAGUAUUUCUUUGAAUCAGCUUAUGCUGAGGGAGCUAAAGUGAACUUGCUGGGGCUGGCUGGAAGGAUGCCUGUGUAGAUUUAGGAUAACAAACCAGGGAGUGUCUCUGUCUGUCUCUUUCUCUCUUAUUCAUUCUUUCUUUCUUUCUAGAUAGGAAAAACCCAUCUAAAACCUGCACUCCCAAGCAGCUGCCCUUGUCCCUCCAUUUUUGCUUGGGACUGGAGUGAGCAUCUGCUAUUCAGCACACACUUUAUCUUUUUUUUUUUGUAAGUAAAUUACAGUAUGUAUCGUGCUUUGUAAAGGUCCUGACACACAUGCACCCCCUCUGCCCACAUACACGUUUGAGUAGAUUAAAUCCAAGCGAUUCAAGCGCUCAGAGAGGUUUUGUGCUGGACAUGCCGUUCUGAGAAGAGAUGUCUCUGCUGUUACUUCACCUGUUGAUUUCUUCCUGUACAGAGCACACAGACACUGAGAAUAAAUAACUUCCCUGUCGCCUAA